CGCGGCAACACAUCGGUCGAGCCUCCAUACAGCAAUGCCCAAAUCAGCGAAACGGUCACCCAUCGAGAAAUCCUACGCAUCUACCGAAUGGCACGACCUGAGACUCGAGUCGUGUAUGACCUUGGACGAGACACUGCACGCCUCGAAGAAGAGAAUUGGGUCAUCCGGUGGAUGCUAUGGCACGUCUUUCGAUACCGAGACUCCCGCAACAAGAAUCGUCGA